GCUAAAUGUCAAUUUUCUCAUGCUAGAGAGCCGAGAGGACCAAUCAUCAACAGAACUUGGCCCGGCCCGGACCAACUAUAAACUAGGCCCGGCCCGGCCCGGCCCAACUAUGUCUGGGCCUCUACCUCUCCGCAUCACCUCGGGCCGCCGCCGCCGCCGCUUCGUCGCCGGCCUCGCCCACUCGGAAAUGGCGGAAAUGGGCGCCGCCGCCGCCGCCGCGGUGCCGGUUAUUCCGGAGGACGUCGUCAUCGAGAUCCUCGCGCGGGUGCCGGACCCGACGUCCCUCUUCCGCUGCGCCGCAGCGUGCAAGCGGUGGCUCCGCCUCAUCGCCGACCAGGCCUUACUCCGCCGCCGCUGGCCGCCGGGCACCCGGGUGCCCUCCCUCCUCGGCUUCUUCGCGCAGCGCCACCAGAUCCAGGCCAACGCGAGGCGGAAGCUCACCAAGCUCUUCCCGACCCGCGCGCCGCCGCUCGUCGCAGCGCCGAGCAGGGGCACAGGUGACCCACCCGUUAGCACCGGGCGGCGGCGGCGGCUGUUCCUCACCGACUUCGUCCGCAACGCCGCCGGCGCCGGCCUCUUCGACCAGGCCAAGCCGUUGGCGGCGCGCGGCGGGCUCCUCCUCGUGCGCGUCCUCCCCUCGCCCUCGCCGGCGCCGCAGAACGCGCUCCACCUCUGCGUCUGCAACCUGCUCACCGGCAGCCACGACGUCCUGCCCCCUCUACCCAUGGAUUGCUUCGAGAAAGACGGCGCCAGAGGCUACGCCAUCCUCACAGCCGCCGACCACCGCGUCAGCCGCAACCCAUCAGGUGGCUACAACACCUUCUUCCAGGUGCUCCUCCUCAGCAUCCACCAUGGCAACCAUCAGGUAUACCUCCACAGAUUCUCCUCAGCCGCUGCCAGUGCCGCCGCGGCGGCGGUCAUUUUUGAGAUAUCCUGGAGCACGCCCAGAAAUUGCUCUGAACAAAUCCGGGGCUAUGUCUGGGGUCCCUCUGGAAACAGAGUUGCAGCUGUCAGCCAUGGCGGCGCACACUGGCUCUUCAGUUGGGGAGAAGAAAGCCUCUACACCCUUGAUGUGAGCAUUGACACAGACAACAUCGGCGCAACCAAUAUCCCAAUUGAUCCUCCCCCCACUGUCUUCCACCAAUCUUGGUUGUACGUAAGCGUCGACGAGAGGCUUUCGCUUCUUUAUCUUUGUGACAACAAACUUCAUAUUUGGACCAAGCUAGAAACACAGGAGAGUGGUCGUUUGCUCUGGAAUUGCACCCAAUCGAUUUGUGUUGGCGUGAAGAUGGGGUUGUUUGGAACGGAGUCGCUUUCCACUGUGUGCAUAGGGGAGGAGAGUGGCACCAUGCUCACCCUCUACCUUUCGGACCCUAACAGCGCAUAUGUGCUCGACCUCCCAUCUGGGUCGAUUACCAGUGUGGACGAUUGGAAACGCUGGUUCAACUACAUGACGGCUGUGUCCUUUGAGAUCAACUGGCAUUCAUUCUUCUUGACUCGGCUAGGGGACUUCUGUGGAAGAUUCUGCUGAAGCUGGAAGAAGUACCUACCCUGGAACAAACAACUAAGGCGAUUCAGGAAGCAAUUGAUGCCCUGCGACCUUCGUGAGCUGGAAUUGGUUAGCCUUCUCUUUAGGAUCUGUUUUUUUUUUCUCCUUCCUGUUAGUGUGUUUUGCUGCUGCUCAGUCAGUUUGUUCUGAAAGGUUGUGAUGUUGUGAGGGUUGAUCCCUUUCACCCUUCUGCUUUUGUUUUCUGUGCCUAUAUGUCAAGCUGGCGACCCCAGCGCUAUAUAAGGAUCAGUUUGCAAAUACUUCAUGCUUUCUAUAAAAUGCAGGGCCUCGCGUGGCCUUUCCUCUAAAAAAAAUUACAAAACAACUGAGAAGUUAUGUUGGUGUACAUUCCUUAGGAAUAUAAUACUGUGAGUUUUGUUUCAUUGGAGCAGUUAUGUUCUGUGCAAUCUUGCAUGCUAUGUAUUUCCUCAUGGGAUAUAAGAUAUUUGUGAGUUGUGCUC